UCAAAAGCGCCAUAAGUCUGCUUUCGUUCUCUGUAGGUACUGAAUGGAGUCCCAGCUUACCCUCUCCCAUGGGAGGAGUCUAGCUGCCACACUUUGGCUUCUUCAUAGCAUCGCUGCCAUAGCUCUUGUAGCCUGCUCCAUGUCCGAUGCUUAUGGGAAUGAAACCGACCGACUUGCUCUGCUGGAAUUCAAGGCCAAUAUUAUAGCUGACCCACUCGGUGUCUUGAGCUCAUGGAACUCCAGCCACCAUUUCUGUCAGUGGUAUGGAGUUACUUGUGGCCGAAGGCACCGGAAAGUCACCAAAUUAGACUUGCAAUCGCAAGAACUGUCAGGGACAAUUUCCCCGCAUAUCGGGAACCUGAACUUCCUGAGGGUGCUCUAUCUCCAGAACAACAGCUUCCAUUCAAGGAUUCCCCUCGAAGUAGGUCAUCUGUCGAGACUGCUGCAUUUGUACCUCAAUAACAACUCGCUCAGUGGACCGAUUCCUCCCAGCCUGUCCAGUUGCUCCAAUCUCCUCAACAUCAGCCUCCACUACAACAUGCUUCAGGGGUACGUUCCUGCAAAUCUCAGCUCCCUGUCGAAGCUCAGAGUACUUUGGUUGAAUCACAAUGGUUUGAGCGGAGAGAUCCCACUUUCGGUUGGAAACUUCUCAUCUUUAGAGGACCUUGAUUUGGGAAAUAAUAAGCUUAGCGGUAGGGUUCCAGAUACUCUUGGCAACUUGAGAAACUUAAAGGCUCUUUCUCUUCUUGAAAAUAAUUUAGUUGGAAAUUUUCCUUCGUCAGUCACCAGCAUUUCUUCUAUGGAAGUUCUUGAUUUGGGUUUUAACCAAUUGAUGGGUACCUUGCCGUUGGACUUGGGCAUCACUCUUCCAAAUCUCCAAUUUCUCUCAGUGAUAUAUAACCGGGUCACUGGAUCUAUCCCCAAAUCAAUAUUCAACAUGUCCCAAUUAAAUGUUUUUGCAAUUGCAUCCAAUAGUUUCACAGGGGAUGUUCCGUCUUUCCAAAAGAUGAGCAGCCUCAUCAUUUUCGGUAUAAGUGGAAAUUAUCUGGGAAAGGGGCAAGCCAAUGACCUCAACUUCCUCUGCUCCUUGACAAAUGCCACAAAUCUCAAUACUCUUGAGAUAAGUGAUAACAAUUUCGGAGGGGAAGUGCCCAAAUGCAUCGGCAAUCUGUCCAUCACUCUUGACGUGUCCUUGUUGCGAGGAAAUGUUUUAUCUGGAACCGUGCCGAGUAGUAUCGGGAAUCUCAUAAAUCUGGAGGUUUUGUCAGCAUCUUUCAACAAUAUUUCAGGUAGCAUACCUCCCGAAAUUGGAAAUCUUAGAAAGAUGAAGAGAUUGUAUCUCGCAUUCAAUGUGUUCACCGGAGAGAUCCCGCACACCCUUGGGAAUUUGUCAAUGUUGACUGACCUGUCCCUGAGGGAAAAUUAUCUUAUGGGCACCAUACCUUACUCUUUGGGCAAAUGUCAGAGCUUAUUAGCACUAGAUCUCGAAGAUAACAAGCUUGCUGGUGCCAUAACCCCUGAGAUUAUGAGCGUCUCUUCUCUAUCAAUGUCUGCUGAUUUCUCAAUGAACAAUCUAACAGGCGAGCUUCCUGUGGAAAUAGGAAAUCUGAAACAUCUCGGCAUAUUAGAUCUCUUGGGAACAAGUUGUUAG